UUGAACAUCAACACAAUGCCUAAAUACGUGUAUACUUACUUUGACGCCCGUGCGCGGGGGGAACCCGGAAGAAUGCUUUUUGCAGCAGCUGGGGUUCCCUUUCAAGACCGUCGCCUUACACAAGAAGAGUGGCCGGCUCUUAAACCAAACACCCCCGGUGGAUCAUUACCACUUCUGGAGGUUGACGGACAACCCGUUACUCAAAGCCUGGUCAUCUUUCGCCAUCUAGCAAGAACUUUUGCACUUGAUGGUGACAAUUUGCCAGAUAAGGCUAAAGUGGAAGAGAUUCUUGAAUAUCUCAUCGAAUUUAAAAAUGCUGGAUUUAAGAUGAUGUUUGCUCCCAAAGAUGAGGAAUCUCAGAAGAAGGCUAAGGAAGAGUUAGGUUCCACCUUUGAGAAAUCUUGCACCCGGGUAGAGAGCAUCAUAUCGUCUAACAAAUCAACGGAAGGUUGGGCUGUUGGCAAAAAGAUGACAUUUGCAGACAUUAUACUGUUUGAGGCUUUCGAAAGCGCUGUUGCUCAAGAUGCGGCAGUCUUGGACAAGUUUCCCAAAAUCAAGGCUUGUCGAGCGAAAGUACAGACAAACCCAAAGAUAAAGGAAUACCUCAGCAAAAGAAAGGAAACCCCAUUCUGAUCUCUCAUAUUACUCACAUUGAUGCAAUAGAUGUAUAUAUACUGAUGGGGUUUAAAAGCAAUAA